AUGACAGAAGGUACUGAAGAAAGUACUGAUGAAAGAACUUCUUCCAUUGCCAGAGGGAUGACAACGAAAGAGGCAGGUCGAGUCCAACACAAUCUCCAGACUGCCAAGCGUUCGCACAGUGAGGACAAAGCUUUACUGUCGAAAUACAAAGACAAGGUUCCCCAAACUGCGUUGGACAGCGUGGCUAUUACCACCAGUGAACAUUUGGAACACAUUUCAAAGUCCAAGAAGCUCAAUGACUAUCAAAAACGUUCCAUGCAAAAGCGAGUUCAAUACCGUCGUAAAGACAAGGUGAUUCAAGCCAGAGUCAAAGUUCACAAGACAAAGCGGUAUCAAGCUGCUAUAUCGGCCGCUGAUGCUCAUCUUAUUCUGAAUACACAAUCUGCUGGUUUGGUCGAAGCCGAACAUGAUAUGGAACGAACCACAAGUUUGUCGCAACACGAAUUGAAACAUCAUCAUUUGGACCAACAGACUUCCAGACAGAUUUACGAUUUGACGCUGCCACACUCGCCGUAUGGUUUGAAAUAUGACCGAUCUGGACGUUAUUCUUUAUUGUAUGGUCAACGUGGUCAUCUUGCCAUUAUGGAUGCCACACAUUUGCAACUGCACCGAGAAUUACACAUUCAAGAGCGUAUACGAGAUGUCUCCUUUUUGCACAACUACACCAUGAUGGCAGUAGCUCAGACAAACCACGUUUAUAUUUAUGACGAUCAAGGAACCGAAAUUCACAAACUAAACGAUAUGAAUGACCCUUUUGCGAUUGAUUUUCUUCCGUACCAUUGGCUGUUGACCUGUGUUGGUCGAAGUGGGCAUCUCAAGUAUCUGGAUACAUCCACGGGUCAGUUGGUGUCCACUCACAAUACCAAGUUGGCUGGUCACAAUGUCUUACGACAAAAUCCAAGCAAUGCAGUCAUGCACUUGGGACAUGCGAAUGGUACCGUCUCGUUGUGGUCUCCAGCCUCCUCGCAAUUCUUGGCCAAACUGCACUGCCACAAGGGUGCUGCUGUGACAUCCAUGGCCAUUGAUCUUUCAGGGAACUACAUGGUCACAGGUGGAGCGGAUCGACAAGUGCACAUUUGGGACAUUCGUAAGUUCCGAAAGACACACUCCUACUUUACUCCCGCUGGAGUUCCCCAAUCUUUGGACCUUUCCCAACGCAACGUUAUGGGAAUUGGUCAUGCGACCCAUGCCACCUUUUGGUCUCCCGAGGCCCUUCUCCGCAAAGUCAAGGAUCCUUAUAUGCACCAUUCUGUACAUGGAUGUGGUGCUGUUGAGACAUUGCGAUUCCGUCCGUUUGAAGACGUCUGUGGCUUGGGACAUGGUAAGGGUGUUAGUUCGAUUGUGAUUCCAGGAUCUGGAGAACCAAACUUGGAUACGACGGAAGCCAACUUGGAUCCAAAUCAAGAUAAGAAACAACGACGAGAAGCCGAGGUUCGAGCCUUGUUGGACAAGCUUCAACCCAACAUGAUCACGAUGGAUCCUGCCGAUAUUGGGGGUGUUGAAGAUAGUUCGCCUGAAAUCCGCCAGCAACGUCUGGAAAGUCUUGAAGCAACUGCCAAUGCCAAGAAUGAUGCCCGUAAGAAGAAGCAAAAGUCAAAGAAACGUGGACGAAGUAAGAUUCAAACCAAACUCAGAAGAAAGUCACAGAACAUUAUCGAUCAUCAAAUUGUUAAGCAACGUGAACAAAAGGAGGAGGUAGAAAAGAAAGCGAAAGAGGAAGCAAGACAAAGUUCCGGGGAAAGUAAACCAAAGUCUGCUACGCCAGCUUUGCAGCGGUUCUUUUAA